ACUGGACGAGUGGGACGGCCGUGUGAGUGUGUUUGAAGUGUACACGCGGUCUCGCGAGUCGAGCGACUUGACACGUUCGGACACCGCGGCGUUGCUCGCUGAUGACGGCCGCGAGUGGAGCUGGGAAUGACUUGGAAGGGUUGUAAGGAAGCUCGGGAGCCAACGGAGCUUUGCACUGUUUUGGCAGCGUUGAGGUUGUGAGGCUGUUAACUUGGGGCCGCGAUGUGGCCUCCGCCGCCCGUCAACUUCAACUCGUCUCUUCCGCGUGUGCGCGGCUUGCAAAAUGCGGCGCCGUCGGGACUCGCCAUCGCCACUGCCCGCGCCGUCUUUGUCAAGGUGCCGCCGAAGUGGUCUUGUCGCUUACUGUUAUUAAUAUGAGCGGUAGACUUCAUCGUCAUCAUCAUCAUCAUCAUCAUCAUCAUCAUCAGAAGAAGAAGAAGAAGAAGAAUACGUUCGAUGAAGUUGGACAGGAGUUGGGCUUUUUUUUUUUUUUUUUGUUGUGGACUUCUUAUUGGACGGACUUGUCACUCGCAACCCGGAGUUUGAAUUGAAUUAAAAAAAAAAAAAAAAAAAAAAAGAAAAAGUGAUUUGGGGAUGUGAUUAUGAACUCCGAAUGGAAGGACCGCGCGUGAGCUUGGCUUGCGUUGCCUAAAGGAGCGGCAGAAAAGGUGUGGACAGUUGCAAGCAAAAGCAAAAGAUCCGCUUUGAAGGCCACCAUGCGCGGCCGGGCUGCGCCGCCGCAGCCGCAGCCGAGGCCAUGAGCGUCCCCCCGCGGCGCCCGGCCGGGCUCCGGCCGUGGCUGCUCAUGGCGGCCCUGCAGGUGGCGCUGGGCCAGCCGGGCCCGGAGCCCGAGCGGCCGGCCCUCAUCAGGGUGACGCUGCUGAAGAACGACCCGGCGGACGGCCCCAUCACCCUGGAGGGGGUGUUCGCGGGAGGGAGCGCCGGCUACGCGGAGGGCAAGCUCAUGCAGUACCACCCUCUGUCACUGUGCAACACAAGUGAAGAUGAACGGCAAGAGAGUGACUUCAUCACCAUUGUCAAACUGGAGCAGAGGGUUCCCCGCUGUCUGCCGCUGCAGGAUAAGGCCCUCAUGGCACUGGAAAAGGGAGCUCAGGCAGUUAUUUUCGACGUCAGCGAUGAUGUCAACGCGGCUGCCGAGCUGAGGGAAACGGACUCCCUUCCCCGCCCGGUCGUGCUGGUGGAUGCCGAGGAUGCGGAGGAGUUGAUGGCUCUGGUCAACAAGAACGAGGAGGCCAAUGUUCGUAUUGAGAUAUUGGUGGAGCAACCCAGAUGGCCACAUUAUGACGUGGGUAUCCUGCUCACCAUUGUCUUGGCUAUCCUGACCAUCAUCCUCAUCUUCGCUUUCCGCUAUAAGUGCAAGGCCAAUCGAACUUGGGACUCUGUACAUCAGCAGACCAUGCGAGCUAUUAAUCGAUUAGAGACCAAAGCCUACAUCUCUCAGGGGUGCUCAGGCUCACAGCGCCCCCGUGGGGCCUGGGGUUCAGCGAGCAGCUCCAACUCCACGCCGGUAUGUGCUAUCUGCCUGGAGGAGUUCCAGGAUGGUCAGCAUCUAAGGAUCAUCUCCUGCGCUCAUGAGUUUCAUAAAGAUUGUGUUGAUCCCUGGCUGCUGCAGCACCGCACCUGCCCGCUAUGCAUGCACAACAUCAUGGGGGCAGAGAGGCACGCCCAGAGGAACAGACUACAGUCCAGUCCAGAACAACGGUUCCUCCACCCUCGGCCUUACAGCAGCCCACGAAACCACCCGUUCCCCCAGCACGACGUACCUUUUUCUAUGAGGCCACAAUAUCCUCGUGGACCUUCAGGCUCAUAUCCCUCCGUUGGGCACUACAAUAUUUCAUCUCCCAUGGACAACCAAACGCUACAUUUGCUGACCAGCAGACCCCUGGGCACCCCUUGUGGGUACCACCUUCCAGCAGAGGGUCCCAGAAGGCCCCACAGGACCGGCGGCAACUGCAGGACUUCUACUCACCACUACACCCCCCGCCGGUCCUGUCACAACUAUCGCUCAUCUUGUCCAGCUCAGCGCAGUGCCUCCAACUCCAGAGCGCACCACAUGGCCUCAGCCGCCUCAGCCACCUCGCAGCCCCGCGGAGCGGCGGCCCGUGGCCGACCGGACGAGGGCAGCUGCUCUGGCGGCAGCUACCGCACGGACCGCAGCGGAUAUUUGGCUGACGGGCCGGCGAGCGACUCUAGCUCGGGGCCGUGUCACGGCUCGUCCAGCGACUCGGUUCUGAACUGUACCGAUGUGUCCCUGCAGGGAGUUUACGGGAGCUGGUCCACUUUCCGCAGCUCGCUGAGUAGCGACUACGACCCGUUUGUGUUUUAUGGGCCGGGCUCUGCGGAGGCGGAAGCCCAGGCACGGCCGAGGUCUUUGGAUUCUGUGGUGAACAAAGUGGGCUGCCCUGAGGAACAACCUCAAACUGUGUUUAGCCACAUCCACUACCACCGCCAUAGACACCACCACUACGAGGACGGGGGGCACAGCCAAGUCCCGAGCAGAGGCUCAGACGAGGAGCAAGGGGCCGCCGCGGCAGAAGCCCCUCCUGCACUGGUCUUGGAUAAAGACUCACCUGUUGGCCCCCCUAAGCCUAGUCACCGUCAGUGCCAAAAACCAGACUGUACACAUUUCCCCAGUUCUCGGUCAGAGGGUCGGGAUCAGGACCCGAGCACGUCUUCGGGGCCCUCUGUCCUGGUGUCCUCUAUCCCCUUGCAUCUACAGACCCACCGCUGCCACCAGGGACACACUCCCGCAGCUCUCGGACGCGGCUGUGUGCGGACCCCCCCCGCCGUUCGCUGCCACCAGAGCUCGGACCUUCAGGAUGAUCGGAGCGUCCGCAUCCACUUCGGCCGAGGCUCAGGCUUCUGCUGCUCUCCCCCUGAACUCCACCCCGCCCUCCUCCCCGUACCUCUAAUUCUGGACUCGGGACGUAUAGACGACUGGCCCCGCUGUGCUGGAGCCCAUGUUGUGUGGCAAAAGCGGGUGCAGGAGGCCCACUCUGAGCCUCAGCUUCUGGGGACCAGGACCUCCAUUGAGACACCUCCUUGCAGGUUCCACCACGGCCUCGCUGCAGACCGCAACGCAGACAUUUGUUUAUACUGCCCAAAAAUAUACCACAAUCAGGGAUCUGAAGAGGAGUCCGGUGUGUGAGAACUUGUUUCCCGAAUUCUGACGCUGCUACACAGGAGCCACAACGGGCGAUCCUCUGAGUUGCUCGCGCCCGCUCGGCCGCCGCCACGUACAGUCAUUCUGCUUGCCGAGUCUCUCCCAACUUCCCUGACGAUUCACGUGAUCCCACAUGAUCCCUCUUCAGAAUGCCUCAUUAAUAUCGUUUUGUUUAGAAUGAUUGAUGACGAGAUUCUAGGCUAAAUCCCUUUUUUUUUUUUUUUUUUUUUUUUAAAAAACAAAACAAAACAAAAACAAACCAAAAAAACACUUACGAUGCUUUGCAAUGACGAUCAAGAGUUGCUGGGGAACACAAAGGGUUUCAAGUAUGUGCUUCGCCUUGUCUGUUUGGAAGAAAAGCUAUUUUGUUCUGGCUGUUGACCCUCAUGAAGUCAGGCUCAAUGUGUGUGCGUGCGUGCGUGCGUGCGUGCCUGCCCGCUUUCCAAAAACUCGAUUCGCUCACCGCGGUACCUUCGUUCACUCGCGUGAUCUGCAUCUUCCUCUUUGCUGAGUCGAGCCUCAGCUGAUAAAACUUCUAAGCCUACCUCAGCUCAGAUUUUGUCUUGCCUCACACACACACAGGGUUUGUUUUUGUUUUUUCCCGAGGUACUGCUGUAGUUAUUUUUGUCUUUGUUUUUAUCACAUCCAAGUAGCUCCCACAACCUAAAAAGAUAUCAUGUUGCUCGUCCGACAGAGGGGAAAGGUUGAUUCCGGUGAAAGUUCACUGAGGUCGCUGAGCCUUCCGUGGGCCUUGUUUUCAAUACAGUACUUCAAUAAUGGCAGCUCCUUUCACCUUUUGUGCGUCUUUUUUUUUUUUUUUUUUUUUUUGUACAAUAUUCUCUUAUUUUGUUCCAAAUGAUGACUGAAAUUGGGUUGCCACCAGGCCAAGCGACUUUCUGGUUGGCACUUCCCUUUGCUUUGGUUUCUGCUCAGCUCAUUAUUUUCAUAAUCUUCUCCAGCAACUGAAGCCCCUCAAAAUCCUUCUGCAUUAUAACCAUACAAAACACCCGUUGCCGUUUGAAUAAUCAUCGUACACGUGGAAGAAAGCCACAGGACGCAGACUGUACCGUCUAUCCCUGACCGGGUGCCACACGCUGUUCACGUGACCUCAUCUCGAAAGGGGAGGAUCCCGAAGAACGACUCGGGGAUUGCCAAACACUGGAAACGAUUUCAAUUUCAUCACAGUCGGUUAAAAAGUUAGGGCCACGCUGAAAAAAGUCAUACCUCGGUUUACGACCGGUUCUGUUCUGAUGUAACCCAAAUACGUACGCAUGUCCCAGGGCGCCGUAGUCUACCGGUCACAUAAGCCAACGCAAUAGCAAAGUUAUAUGACAGUAAAUAUUUUAGGCCAUAAAUACAAACACAAUGACAUGGAAAAACAAGUACGGCGGUAGAAGAGCGUGCCUUCUUUUGCCACGAUACAACUUCUUAAGCUGCGUACAACUCGGAAUCUCCAAAUGUCAUCACAAAAAAAAAGAAAUCAAUCAAUCAAAUGUAUUUAGAGAAUAAAAUUGUCACCGCAAAGAUGAAGUUGAACGAGCUCAAGCAUAAAGUACAAUGAAUUCAGGAAAAGGGCGAUUUCCUUUUUUGUUUUUUUGCUUUUUGAGCAUAGGGUUGUAAGUAAUGUAAGUAAGUAAGCAAUUUUACAGGGAAGAAGUAACUGUAUGAGGUUGAAGUUGAAGUAUGUAGAGAUAAAAAAACAUUGGACUUAUACAUGGGACAAAAGUAGUAUUAUACUAUUACCUGAUGAUUAGGACUUUCUGUUGAAAAAGUAUGGCUUUUUCUCAUGACCUGUUUCACAAUGCGGUAUUAUAACGUUAUUGAUGAAAUAUUGGGACUUUUUUUUCCUCUUAACAUUUUUGGCUUUUCUUUUUUUUUUUCUGUAAUAUUGCAACUGGAAUUUAUGAGCAUGACUUUUCAGCGCGGCCCCGGACGCUCCCGAGUAGACAUUCAGCCGAAUAUGUUGAAACUCUAAAACUGCCGUCAAAUUGCAUCGAUUUUCCGCACUUGAGUUUUUUGUUCCGUGCGAUGGGACCUGUGCCCGUCGACUCGGGCAAAACGUCACCUUUUGCACACGCGGCUGAACCACGCCGUGGCCAAACCAAAGCCCUUUCCUCCAACUUUGCUCGUUCUUGUCCCCGCUUGCCAAAAGUGACUUUACUUUGAUAAACGGCAGUCGUUAGCCUCCCUGGCCGUCGCGAUGUAACUCGUAGCACUUACUCGAGCCUCGUACUGUGUGCGCCUUAUGCAUUCGCAAGCCUCGUUGCAGAUGUUCUCGAAAACAACCGGUGCCUUUACAGAACGUUUCCUUUAUUCCUAUCGCUUCCGUUGAAUGGCUUUGUAUUGUUCAAAGGAAAGUGCUCAUCGGUUUGGAUUCCAAAAGGACAAUCCAAACUAUUCCCCAGCGGAAGAACGGAGACGUCCUUGCCUCUUAUCGUCCGUGGCCGGUUUCUCUGCCCGCGGACGGGACUGAAUUAAAAGCAGCACUUUGCGUUGAAGCGCAUGUGCGCGGAAGCCAGGAAAACAAAACUACUAUAAGAAGUCAAGAAGUAUUUGAAACAAGCCCAAAAAGGCAAAGUGCACACACAAAAGAGCAUUUUGCAGAUCAGCGAUGUUUUGCAGAAUGCCAAGGGAUCCGUCAGUAGGUUUGAGAUACUUAUGUACAAAAAGAGUACAACAGCAAGAAAAAUAGCGUUGUAUUUUCUACAUAACAUUUCAAUAUGGUGACGUGUCACUAAUAUAUUUAUUUACUAAUAUAUUUAUCCAUUUUUGUCCAUGUUCGAAUGGGUGGUUUCUGUAUGGGCCAAUUUUAUUUUCUUUUUUUGUUUUUCUGUUUGUUUGUUUUCUUUCUUUAUGUAUGGAAACUAACCAGUGUCAUCACAAAUGUAUCAUUCCAGUUAUAUGCAAAUAAAUUAUUUUGAAAUAAA